GUUUUCUCUUCUCGCACCUCGCAAUAUGUCUAUAACGGACAAAGCGGAGUGCACUAGGGAGGAGAGUAGCAGGCUAAACGACAAGUCGUCGAUCCAGUUCAAUGGUUCGAUAGAUUCAGUGCUUGUUCGGCUACCGCGAAUGUAACUCGACAGAGUAUAAUACAUUAAUUUGAAAAAUUAAUGUAAGAAUUUUUACGAUGGUGACAGUGGUGAUGGUGAUAGUGCAGUCUCGGAUUAAUGGCCUUAGCGAAGCGGCGAUGUACAGAGUGGCAGUGGAUUGCGACGCCCGUCAAAGGCGAUGCAUAUUCGCGUAACGCGGAUUUUAAUAUUAUUUAUUCAUUUUCUAUUCCUCAAACUGUUUGGUGGAUUUUACUACGUAAUAUAACCGUUCGUGGAGAGAAACUCGUUUUGUAUACGUAUAUGAAAUCGUGUGAGUUCGUAGUGGGCUUAUUUGGCAGUCCAUGACCGUAAAUAACGCACAAAAAUGGCUUCGGUGAAGGUAGCCGUAAGGGUCCGUCCCUUUAACAAAAGGGAGCUGGCCAUGAAUGCCAAGUUGAUCGUUCAAAUGGACGGCAAAAGGACCAGGAUAUUCCACAGUAAGUCACCGACCAGUGGAAAGGAUAUUGACAGAGAAAAGUACAAGGACUUUACUUUUGAUUAUUCCUAUUGGUCUUUCGACGCCUCGGACGAGACUUAUGCAGCCCAGGAAGAGGUCUUCUAUGAUCUCGGUACGGACGUAAUAGAAAGUGCCUUCGCUGGUUAUAAUGCCUGCGUAUUCGCUUACGGCCAAACUGGAUCCGGCAAGACCUUCACCAUGAUGGGCUCACCGGAAGCUCAAGGAUUGAUACCCCGUAUAUGCAAAACUCUAUUUGCUCGUAUGGCAGCUGGAAAGGAGAGUGGUGCUUCGUACAGAACCGAGGUAUCAUUUCUCGAAAUCCACAAUGAGCGAGUGAGAGAUUUGUUAAGGCUCGAUCAAACGCAAUCGCAUUCCCUUAAAGUAAGAGAACAUCCGAAACGUGGACCCUACGUUCAGGAUCUUUCCAACCACCUUGUUUACGAUUACUCCGACAUUCAGGAAUGCAUGGUCAGGGGUAACACGCACAGAACCACCGCCAGCACAAACAUGAACGAUGUUAGUAGCAGAAGUCACGCUAUAUUCACAAUAACAUUCGUUCAGGCUGGUUUUUCCGAAGGUAACAUGCCCUCGGAAACUGUCUCGAAGGUUCAUCUGGUUGAUCUCGCUGGCAGCGAACGAGCUAAUGCAACGGGUGCAACGGGUCAAAGAUUGAAGGAGGGUGCUCACAUCAACAAAUCUCUGGUUACACUCGGCUCUGUGAUAUCGGCGCUGGCCGAGGUGAGUUCGGCCAGCGGUGACUCAAAUUCUUCGAGGAAGAACGUUUUCAUACCUUAUCGCGACAGUGUUCUAACGUGGCUGCUUAAAGAUUCGCUCGGUGGUAAUUCAAAGACUAUAAUGAUAGCCGCGAUAAGUCCUGCCGAUUGUAAUUACGGAGAGACUUUGAGCACCUUGAGAUACGCAAACAGAGCUAAAAAUAUAAUAAACAAACCAACUAUAAACGAGGAUCCAAAUGUCAAACUCAUCAGGGAACUUCGAGAAGAGAUAUUAAAGCUCAAGUCACUUAUUGGCAAAGAUAUGAGUAUCGAGAGGCCACCGCAACAAAAAGUGCUCCUCGCCCAGAUUCAUGAAAAGCAAGAGCAAGAAAAAGUUUUAACGGAGGAGUGGGCCGAAAAGUGGCGAGAGACACAGCAAAUACUGCAGGAGCAACGCGCGCUAGGAUUGCGCAAAAGUGGUGUUGGGGUCGUACUUGAUUCGGAGAUGCCGCAUCUCGUUGGCAUAGACGACGAUUUAUUGAGUACGGGCGUGACGUUAUACCAUUUGAAAGAAGGAAAAACUCUGGUUGGAACCGAGGAGGCAUCAACGAUUCAGGACAUCGUUUUAAACGGCAUCGAUGUUGAAUCUGAGCAUUGCAUAGUCGAAUUGAAAGCAGGUGUCGCGACGCUUCAUCCCUUGUCGCCUCACUGUUGGAUCAAUACAGCACAGGUCGAUAAGCCAACGAGACUUUUUCAAGGCUGCAUCAUUCUGCUCGGCCGUAACAAUAUGUUUCGUUACAACGAUCCCGUCGAAGCGGCUAAAUUACGAAAAGAGGGUGGCAUAGGAAAUGGCAAUUUGCAAUCAACCGUUGUUAAUCUAUCGAGAUUGUCGCUACUCAGUUGGAGCGUGUCUGAUCUUCAUGUCUCCUCUUCGAGCGACAAUCUGCUCAACUCCAGCGAAGAUCUACGCGCCAUUGAUGAAUUGGAGCAACAGAAAGCUGCUCUCAUCAAAGAGAAAGAAGACUUUAAGCGUGAGCAAGAGGAACGAGAGGAAAGAUGGACAGCGAGACGAGAAGCACUCGAAGGUGCUCAGAGAGAAUUGGAACGCGAGUGGGGAGCUCAAUGGCGAGAAUGGGCAGAAGCGAUAGCGGCGCUAGAAUCGAGGCAACGAGAGUUACGAAGUCGGCGUCGUAUUCUCGAACUAGAGAGACGGGACGAGAUGACACAAGUAGAAAAUUUGUGUAGGGAAGUCGCCUCUCUACGUACCAAUCUUCAAUCCAAACAUCAACAGUUCCAAGAGUUCACGAACAAUCAUGAUUUUUCAAGACCACGGCAUCAAUGCAAUAAGACUGAGAACAGUGCCGUAAGCGAUAUCAGUCUACCGGAGUCAUGGUCCAGUUUGAACGAUGAAAAAACAGUAGAUGCUAUGAAACAGCUGGUAAAUCAUCACAAAAAGGAAUUGGCCGCUCUGGAAAUCGACUUACAGAGCAAAGUGAGGUCCUUAAACGAACACCAGAGCAAAGUCAACAAAAUGGAAGAAGAGUUGCUGGAAAUGGCCGAAAAACAAAAGCAAAUGUUGAAUUUGGAAUUCGAGGGUCAAGAAAUAACGGAAAAGAAAUUGCAGCUAGCGAAGCGAACACAGGAUCAGUUACAGGAAAUUUUGAAACGAAAGCAGAAUCUCUCGUUAAAUUUGAAACGAGCAUUGCCAGCGUCACCGGAGGGAAGAUCUUCAAGAACGGAGGAAGGAGUGUCGAGUUGCGAUUUAAAAUCGUUUCAGGACGCUUGCAACAGGAAACUCAAAAUAGCAUCAGCUUUAAGUUUGUUACCACCGGAAGUGCCAACGUCUGUAGAAACGGGAGAGACAUUUCACACAGCAGCAGCGGAUUCACCAGAAUUGCGCUCGUUAUUUCCAGAAACUGCUGCAUUUUUAAUUCGUCGCAAAUCGGUAUCGAGCGAGGAAUCUUUGUCAAAGAAAAAAUCUACGAAAGAGGAAACUGUUGGUGUUGAUGAAGUUUACGAAGCUGAACAAGAGAUCGUAGAAGAACCGAGCCACAAUUUUGACGUUGUACAAACGCCUAAAAAUUCAGAAAUCGCUGAGAGACUCUCAGAGUCGUCGUGCGACCAUCACCGACGAGAUUCAAAAUGCGACGGAGAUUCACAAAACGAUGUUAAAUGUGACUCCGGAGUGCUAUCGGAAGAUGAUUUCUUGCAAAAUCGUUAUGAUUCUCAAGACACUGUGGCAGAAAGGGAUGAGGCAAUUUUACGGGACGAUAAAACAAUGAAAAGACUUAAUCAACGGAUUGCACGGCAACGUAUGCACGUUAUGAGAUGUCUCGAGACGUGCACACCCUCGAAAGACGAUUUAAAUCGACAGAUAUCGAUCCUCCAAAAUCUGCAAAAACAACAAAUCGAACUCGAAGUCUCUUGGCUCGAAAGAAAAAAGAAUGGUCAACAGAAAAAAUAUGAAGAAACUCCAUUAUCAAGACUAGAAGCCCGAGGUGACGAUCAUUCGGAACCUGAAUCCAUAAGCGAUGUUGAUCCUUGGAACCCCAUCAAAUCUCCUCACAGCGCGGCCAUAAUCGACAUCAAUAAAAAGCCGCAAAUGACUUCUAGAGGGACUAUCAGUGAUCCCGACGACCAAGUAUCCAAUAGAAAUCGAUCCAUCAUCGCGACAAGCUCUCCUGCUCGUGGUUAUUCAUCUGUUUAUUUAACGAGUUUGAAUCGCGGGGAUCGUCUCGGUAGCCCUUAUUCGUUAUCGAUAACGAGAUCGUUACCGUCUCUGAUAGGAAACGACGGAAAUUCCGAAAAUGUGAUAAACACGAUAAUCAGUGUACCGUCUUACGUCAUACGAGGAGCCGGUACUUCAAGCCACUACGAAUACGAGGUCAGAGUCGUUGCACUCGAUGACAGUUGGACACUGUUACGACGUUAUAGAAGAUUUCGCGAGCUUUACAAUUCUAUGAGACAGAAGUACGGUACUAAGGUCGCAGCUAUACGUUUUCCUCCUCGUCAAGUAUUCUCAAGAUACGAGGUGGUCGCCCGACAACGAAGAAAACGUCUUGAGGAGUACCUGCGACGUUUAUUGCUAGUUUGUUCGGAACUGUCGAAUUGCGAGCCACUUAACAAAUUUCACGGUAAUCUUGGCAACAUUGAUAAGCAAUCGCUCAUAGAGUUCAGCUCAUUUUUCAGACGUGGAACUUUUGAAAGCAACAAAUACGGGACGAGUUAGGAAUUGUUUCAAUGCUUCGUCACGUUAUUCCGUUCAACACUUUCUCCUUCACAUCUCCACUUAUUUGUAUUGGUUUGUUAUUCGUCAAAAAGUGUACGAUCUAUAACGUUAUUUUUAUCGGCCUCAUAUUUUUAUAUUUUCGUUAAUAGGUUAUUUAUCCUCAACAAUAAGACUAGAUUGGGAUUUCUUUGGAGCUUCGUAGCUGAAUAUCCUCCAGCAACCACUUUACGCUGAAAACAAAGAAUCGAUUUUACACCAAAAACACAUAGGGCUUUCAUGUUCCUUUGAAACGAUGGAGUUGUUUCGUAAAUUUGUCUAAAAAUUGUUCAAGUUUAAAUGGUAUAAGUGAUUAACAGUAUUUGUUGAUUCAUGUGGUUGUAUUACAUGACUAAUUUCUAUCUAUUCGUUUUUUUUUAAUUACAAUGGGAACGUAUUUUAAGUAUUCUAAAUUAUUAAAGACGAGUGGCACGCUGGCUGAGUGUCUCAAACUGUUGAUUCGCUUUUCUGACAAACAAUUCGAUGGUAUCGUUUCAUACCAUUUGGCGCACCUUAUCCAUCAUUCUUUUCUGUUUCAUGACACUGGCUGUCGUUGUUUUUAAAAAAUCAGCUCAGAAAAAUAGGUUUUUCAAGACAAAUGAUUUUUGAUAAUGCAGAGAUUCAUCAAUUUGGAUUAAAGUGCCUCUCAUGUCUUAUACUCCUUAUUCUAAAUAGGAACGAUACUUUUGUUUUUUCAUUUUUUUUUUUUUAUAGGAAAAAAACAAAAUAUGUCAUACAUAAGAUAACAUAAUAUUCGAAAUCUUAACUGAACCUUAUUCUUGUUACUACCAGUCCAAUUGUUAUGGAAAUUUAUGAGUUUUUUACAACUUUCUAUGAUUUUUUCAAUCUUUUAAAUUAUUGCCCGAAAGUUUAUUCAUCGUUCGCAUUUUUCCAGAAAAUUGCCCAGUGUAUCAACUUGACAGUCUCGAAAAAGUACAAUAUUUUGGCUGAUUCUGCUGUUUUCACUUAAAAUUUUCGAAAAAUUGUGACUUAAAAAAAAAUCUGUUCCCCCGACACAGUGAAGUUCAAAAAUUACAAAAACUUCCGUAAAUGUGAUGCAUAUAAAACAAAGAUACACAAAUAACGGAGAAAAACUGUCUUUAAAGAGUUUCUUUUGUAAAAAUUCGUUAGAAGCUUAUUGCAAAAUGGUAUUAAUAGUUCUUGUUAUGAUAUUCAUAAUUUUUAAAAACCUAAGAAACUGGAAAACUAAAAAUAGAAAAAUUCUAAUAGCUCAUUAAUUUGGAAAAAAAUGGAAAUCUUGAUGAGAAAAAAAACAAAGAAAUUUGGUAGGACGGAAGAGCCUAUUUUUUGUAUGAAGAUUGUAACAAGAAAUUUGCAAGAACUACAAAUGAUAGAGUUUUAAAAUUGAAAAUUCAUUUUCGUGAGAAUUACAGCGAAUAUAUCAGUCUACAUAAUGGUAUUUAACAAAAGUCACUUAUUUUUCAAACGUUCGAUAAAGAUAUGUGAACGAUCUCAUUGUACUGUGGGGAAAAACUUGAAACUUUAUAUUUCAACAUAUUCACUGCUACAUUGGGUUCGAAGAAUCAAUAACAAGAAACUCCGAUUACGGGUGCCUGGCGUGGCAGUAAAAAGUUAAAUAGUGGCAGUAAAAAAGUCAAAUAUCUCCUGUUCAUGUAAAUGGUAGCUAUUGGGGUUAAAUAUCAAUUCCGUAUGGCAAUAUAUUAUUGAUUCUUAUUAAUCUCGAACGAAAAAUAAGAUUCGUAUCAAGUGGAAUUGAAGUUAUCAAACUGGCAAGAAUUAUUCAUUCAUGGCGUAUAAGUUCUGUUUCUUGUUCUGCAAGGAGAACUUCGUAUAUAUAUUUCUACAUAAUCGCUUGAACAAAUAUCAGUAUUAUACUUACCUACGCACUAAAAACUAACCGAAAAAUGGUAGAAAUGAAAAUAAUUAUUAAAAAACAAAAAUUUCAUUCAAGGUAACAUUUAAAGUUAAGUUAAUUAAGCUCAUUAAAUAUGCAGUCUCAGGAUCAAUCUGGUGAUAUCAACUGAUGUUGACAAUGAAAAAGGAGUUAAAUCGAUCAAAAGAAAACUCACGUCCUAGAUUUCUCUGUCACACGGAUUGCUAUUUUUCCCUGUACUUACAAUGGCUCAAUCGGGGCUUCAUUUUGCCUUAAUAUAAAUAGAGAUAAUAUAUAAUCUGGUUGAUGUUUUCGAUGUUGCGAAUACGUCAAAGAUUGGAAUGGAAUCACGGCUUCAAAGAUGUAAUGAAUAAUGUACAUAAUCCUCUAAAAAAAUUCCGAACAAAUACAUAUUAUAUUUACGCUUUAAAACGAUAUAAAAUCAACCGAAGCUUCUCAAAAAGUUGUUAAUUUGAAUCUCAUAAUCUGUAUAUUGAGACCUUGCAAAACGUAGCAAGUCUCGAAAAGAUAUUAAUGACUUCUCUAACAAUGUUCAAACCAACUAUUCCUAUCCUGGUCCUAUUUGGACGCUUCAGACUCAGAAAUUGGAUUUGACUACGAAUUAUCGUAUCAACGAUAAAAUAAUGAACAAAAAAUCAUCAACUAUUUAUUACCUUUAUAAAAGACAUCUCAUUUAACCAACAGUUGAAUUUUUUUUCCCCCUCAACAAAUAAUCUGGAAAGUCAUUGAUCUACACCUUUCUUUGGUUGGUUCUCUCAUGAGUAUUUUAUUCCAUUUUGUAUUCCUCAAUGGAACAAUAAUUCGUUGAGAUAAUUUUUAUUAGUGGAAUAACCUCUAUGAUAGUGGCGAAAGUCGAGUUGGACAGCUUGAGUUUCUCUGGACCCCAUCUUCGUUUUGUAUUAUUCGCAAUUGUGGUGGAGACCAACGUGCGUGUUUCAAGCAGUUUUCAAAACCUACUUAACUUAUUUAUUAAAAAUUCUCUUACUGUCUUACUACGAUCGAUCAACCGAUUGUAGUAAACUGAAAUGAAAAUCAUUUCGUACAAUAAAAAUUAUCUAAAAGUCCUUUCGAUUUUUUUUUUCAAACAACUGUAGUUGUAGCUAAAGUGGAGGAAACAAAUGAAUGUAUGUAUAACAACGGACCUAAAAAACCUAUGUUGUAAAUCGAUUAAAGGAAAUUAUAUAGUAAAAAUACAUAUAUUCCGAUGAA